UUUUUUUUUGACCAGUCACCUCCAUAUUCCCUCUCUCUGAUGUCGAGCCUGUACGGUCUCGCCGGCAGCUCAAAGUCCUACCCGUCUUCGGGUAAUGCUGUGUCUAUGACGAAUCACGAAACAAACUCUUCUGUCUAGUUUUUGAUUCGAUUAAAGAAAAAUAAAUGAUUAACAAAGGGGGGAAAGAAGAGUGAGAGGGAGUCGAUAAUUGUGAAAGGCUGGACAUCUAUUUUUUUUUUUUGUUUUUUAUGUGGCAUUGUAUUCCACUGGUCAGCUUCGAAGAGGAGAAGCCCAUCUCUGAGAUUUCUGGGUCUUUGAGCAGAAAGGUUACUUCUGUACUUAGUUCAAGUUCGCUGCUGUGUUCCUUCUGGGUAGAGCUGACACUACUCCCAUCAGCUCCCGCAAGCCGAUCAAUCGAGGGCGAAGAAGACACGGGGGUGGUUUGGAUGCUGAUUUACUCCAUGUGAUCUGCUCUCUUCGUUUUUCCCCUUGGUUUAAAUUACUGGUCUUAGUUUUGAUUACUGUGUUUCGAGGAGUUUGGAGGAGUAGUGAUUUUUAGGUUUUGUUUAAGGAAUUUAUCAGCUGGGCUUGACCGACCCUUCUUUGCUGCUUGUUGUGCUGGGAGGGGGUGGUUUUCGAUAUUCGAGGGGCUUUUAAUGAUAUUUGAGGUUAAUGCCUCAAGGUUUUCAAGAGAUGGGGUUGGGUGCUGAUAAUGGUAAGGUGGAGUCUUGGGAUGUCAGCAAAUCAAAGGGGAGGAAGAAGAAGAAGAAAGAUGAUGGCGUCGUGGAAGAGGAAGAAACUGGGUGCUGGUUUAGGCUGAGGUUUAUCGGGAGUUGCAUUUCUUCGAGAUCCAAGGUUGAUAGCUCAGUUAGCAGCAUCAGCACUCAUUACGCUGAAAGUAAAUCAACUAACGGUACAAGUAGAGAUCAACCAACAGCUCCAGUAGUCUCUUCUACAACCACAAGUAACGCAGAAAGUAAUUCAUCCACCUCCAAACUUGAAGAGGAGCUUAAGGUUGCUUCCAGGCUGCGAAAGUUCGCAUUUAAUGAUCUUAAGUUGGCAACUAGAAACUUCCGGCCUGAGAGUCUUCUUGGUGAAGGUGGGUUUGGUUGCGUAUUCAAGGGAUGGAUUGAGGAAAAUGGAACUGCUCCAGUGAAACCUGGCACAGGGCUGACAGUUGCUGUAAAAACUCUCAACCAUGAUGGGCUCCAGGGUCAUAAAGAAUGGCUGGCUGAAGUAAGUUUUCUUGGCGAUCUAAUUCACCCAAACCUUGUAAAACUCAUAGGGUACUGUAUUGAAGAUGAUCAAAGGUUGCUAGUUUAUGAAUUCAUGCCUCGAGGAAGCCUGGAGAACCACCUAUUUAGGAGAUCCCUGCCGCUUCCAUGGUCCAUUAGAAUGAAAAUUGCGCUAGGAGCUGCAAAGGGUUUGGCUUUUCUUCAUGAGGAAGCUGAACGACCUGUAAUAUAUAGGGAUUUUAAAACUUCCAAUAUUCUAUUGGAUGCUGAAUACAAUGCCAAGCUUUCAGAUUUUGGUCUUGCCAAAGAUGGUCCAGAGGGUGAUAAAACCCAUGUAUCCACCCGGGUGAUGGGAACAUAUGGUUACGCAGCACCAGAAUAUGUCAUGACAGGUCAUCUUACAUCAAAAAGUGAUGUGUACAGUUUUGGAGUUGUUCUUCUUGAGAUGUUGACUGGCAGAAGAUCUAUGGACAAAAACCGACCCAAUGGCGAGCAUAACCUUGUUGAAUGGGCUCGGCCACAUCUUGGAGAGAGAAGAAGGUUCUAUAGGUUGAUAGAUCCUCGGUUAGAAGGUCACUUUUCUAUAAAAGGAGCUCAAAAGGCUGCCCAACUGGCCGCUCACUGCCUCAGCAGAGAUCCAAAAGCCAGACCCCUGAUGAGUGAAGUUGUAGAAGCUUUAAAGCCCCUGCCAAAUCUUAAGGACAUGGCAAGCUCAUCAUAUUAUUUUCAGACGAUGCAAGCUGACCGCUUCAGUGCCAGCCCUAAUACUCGAAACGGGCGAACGCUGCUUUCCCGGAAUGGGCAGCAGCAGAGGAGCCUUUCUAUACCACACGGAUCUCAUGCAUCUCCAUAUCACCACCAGUUUCCCCUACAAUCCCCUAAACCUAAUGGCAAAGCAUAGAGUUAAGGAAUUUUCAACUUCAUUUUCUCCUUUUUUUCUUGAUUCCUUGCUUUCUCAGUAUAGAUGUACUUUGUGUCAAACGAAACCAUUCGAGGAUAACUUGAGAGCUAAAAUAGCGUGCUGCUUCAUGGUGUAUGUUGUAUGAGUGCUAGGUGAAGCUUACUGAGCAAGUAUGUCCAUGUCAAUUUGUCAACCAAUAUGUUUCUUCAGGUUGCUGGCAAACGCUGAAGAUUAUCAACUCCUCCUUCACACAUAUUUUCCUUUUCUCCCCAGAAAUGUGAUUUCUUGAUUUCUUUUC